AUGGAAAUACACACCACUACAAGCCAUCUUCCACUACAAAACAAAGUGGCAAUUGUCACGGGUUCCUCUCGCGGUAUAGGAGCUGGCUUGGCGUUCGAGUUGGCGCGGAGAGGCGCCAAAGUAACGAUCGUCUACACUUCGUCAAAGAGUGAGACACUGGCUAAUGCUCUCGUUGCUAAGAUUGCAUCCCUUGGGAGUGGAAGCCAGGCAACAGUAGUAAGGGCAGAUCUCAGUCAAGUCGAUGCUGGGGAAAGGAUCGUAGAAGCGACACUGGCCGCUUUCGGAGACUCUAUUGACAUCUUGGUCAAUAAUGCGGGAUUAGAGUUCGACCGAUCGCUCCUCCAAACGACAGCAGAAGACUAUGCUGCAAUUUUCGACAUCAAUGUACGAGGAGCAUUGCUCAUGACGAAAGCGGUUCUGCCGCAUCUCCGAGUCCCAGGAAGAAUCAUCAACGUUUCGUCUGUUGGAGCCCGAUUUGGCUUUGCAAGGCUGGCACUAUACUCUGCCUCGAAAGCGGCACUCGAAGGACUCACGAGAGGCUUAGCGGCAGAGUUGGGAGAUGUUGGUCAUACAGUUAACGCCGUAGGGCCAGGACCUACAGAGUCGGAGAUGUUGGAUAACAUCCCCAAAGACAUUGUAGAGAUGCAGAAACGCUGGACUCCUGUUGGACACCGGGCAGGCACAGUCGAUGAUAUCGCACAGGUGGUUGGCUGGCUGGCCGAGGAACAGUCGAGAUGGAUCUCGGGACAAACCAUAUCCGCCAGCGGAGGGUUUAUGAUGAUGUAA